AUGUUAGCUAAAUUUGCUUUAACUUUGUUGGCAAUUGCUGCUAAAAUAUCUGCUGACGAUGUAACUACUGUGACUGAGACUAAUUAUGUGACAGUCCCUUGUAUACAACAACAAGUCAAUGAUAUAUUUACUAAUAAUCCAACUGGUCUUACCACUGGUAUUCCCAUUGUCAUUGUCUAUGCUAAUCCAGAACCAACUCCACAAUCAUCGACAAUAACAACAACUGAAGAAAUAACUAUUACUGUGAGUACAACUGCUACAGAUUGUGAAACUUUAACAAGUUGUAGUGACGAUUUAUGUGUAGUUAAAACUACUACUUACUUGAUUCCAACAGUAUAUACUACCGUUGCAACUACUGAAUAUACUACUAUUGAAUGUGAUUCAUCCACUUCUGAAGUAUUUGGUGAAGACUUGCCAACAAUUAAAUCAGCUCCUACUACCAGUAUAACCCUUUUCCAUGCAACAACAAGUCUUGCAACUACCUACACUGUUCCAACAACUUUAUCACCUCUUAGUUCUAAGAGUGAUCCUGUCAGACAUGGAUCUGCUCCUUCGAAAAGUUUAUCUGUUACUAUUGAUCCAAGUAAAUAUACCACUGCUUAUACCUAUACGUACACUUCCACAAUAACUUCAUCAAGUUCUUCCAAUACUUUAGGCUCUUCAUCUAGUGAAAUGGUUAGUUCGUCAAGCUCUAGUGCUGUUUACUACAAUAGUUCACUGAUUUUGAGUUCAUCGUCUAGCUCUCUGUUAUCAAGUAGUUCUAUUGAAUCAUCUUCCUCCAGUGAAAUUUCAAGCUCUUCAAGUUCUUCGAGUUCAAGUUUAAGUUCAAGUUCUUAUGUCUCGGUCUGUGUGGCCCCAACAGCUUUAUUCGAAGCCAUCUCGACUGAAGCUCCACCAUCAAUAUUCCCAAGAGAAGAUUUACCACUUGAACUUCUAGAAGGAGUAUCAAAUAAUGGAAAGCCAUUUCAAACCAAUAAAUUUUACAACAACAUUUUCUUAGGUGAUCAAACCAGUCCAAUUUAUGCUAAUCCUUAUAUUUUAUUCUGGAAGACUAUCGACUACUACGGGUUUGGGGUUUAUCAUACUAAUACUAGUGCUAGAGUCUUCGGUUCUGUUGAUACUAACAACGUUAAUGUUGAUUCUUACUUUUUCAAUCCUGUUGGAAAUGCAGAAAUUAUCUUCUCGGCUGAAUCUUUCACUGCACAACAAGGAUCAAAUGUUUCUGUUAGUAAUAUGGAAGCAAUGUCUGUUCUUGUGGAAUUAUCUGCUACCCCAGAAGAUACUAGUAAUGUUAUUCAAAUUCCUAUUGUUCAAGGUAUGGGUUUUACUACUGCUAUUUACUAUGGUACUUUAGUUCCUCAAUUAAAUACACUUAUUGGUUUCCAAACUUUAGUUGAAGAAACUUCAUCGGAAUUAGGGGCUAAUUUAUCAAAGUAUCGUGUAACUUUGUAUAACGGUGUUGAAUGGCUUAUUUAUGUUACCACUCCAGUUGCUACUGAUUAUCAACUUAAUGUUGUAACUAAUUUCGUCAUCGAAGGUCUUAAUAUGGAUGGUCUCGUUAUCCAAGUAGCCAUUGCACCUACAGAUCCCGCCGCAGAGGCACUUCUUGAUCUGUCAGCUGGUACUUAUACUACUGACGCAACUGUUGGAGGUUCUGUCGAUUGUGAACAAAAUGCUACCUAUCUGUUCGACUACGCUACUGCUGGCUCUUCUAAAGCUAAUGUUCCAAUCGUCUAUGCUUUGCCACAUCAUAUCCUGUCCUUAUCUCCACAGACAGCAGGUAAUGCUAUGAAUAUGUACCUUUCAUCAUCUUCAGAAGGUCAAAUGCAAGCUUUUUUUACUAAUCAAUUAAUUUUACAAGAAUCAUUAGAAGUAGUCUCUACUAUAGGAUGGUUUCCAUGGUCAACAUAUGGUAUUCAAUAUGGUUUAACCCCUGAGAGACUUCAAUUGAUUGCUUCAGUUGCCAACCAUGAAUUAUCAGUUGAUAUUGCUGGCACUGUUGCUGGUGCUGAUUCAAAUUAUUAUUCUGGAAAGAUCCUUGAUAAAUAUGCUUAUAUAUUAUUAGUUGUAAGCGAAGUUCUUCAAGAUGCUAAUGUUACUGCUCAACUUUUAGAUGAUUUGAAAACAGCUUUUCAACCAUUCCUCGAAAAUACUCAAUUUGAUCCAUUGAUGUACGAUACAAGAUAUCUUGGAGUUACUGCCACUGCUAAUAAUGAGGGUGAUACUGGUGCUGAUUUUGGAUCUGGUUACUAUAAUGAUCAUCAUUUCCAUUAUGGUUACUUUGUACAUGCAGCUGCUGUUGUUGGUUACAUUGACCAACAAAACGGAGGUACAUGGGCAGAAGAUAAUAAAGAUUGGGUUAAUUCAUUAAUCAGAGAUGUUGCCAAUCCAUCCGCUGAAGAUACUUAUUUCCCGAUUUCGAGAAUGUUUGAAUGGUAUGGUGGUCAUUCUUGGGCUGCGGGUUUAUUCGAAAGUGGUGAUGGUAAAAAUGAAGAAUCAAGUUCUGAAGAUUUUAACUUUUCUUAUGGUAUGAAAAUGUGGGCCAAUGUCGUAGGUGAUGAAUCUAUGGAAGCAAGAGCCAAUUUAAUGUUAGCUAUCACUUCUAGAGCCAUGAAUGACUAUUAUUAUUAUCAAGAUGAUAACACUGUCGAACCUAUUGAAAUCAUUCCAAAUAAGGUUUCAGGUAUUAUCUUUGAAAAUAAAAUUGAUUAUACCACUUAUUUCGGAAGUCCAGAUACAAAUCCAGAAUAUGUUCACGGUAUUCAUAUGUUACCUAUUACUCCAGUUUCAUCAUUUGUUAGACUACCAGUAUUUGUUCAACAAGAAUGGGAAGAACAAAUUUCGACCUUCAUUGAUAAUGUUGACAGUGGAUGGACUGGAAUCCUAUAUCUCAACCAAGGUCUAUAUGAUCCCAACUCAUCUUGGGGUUUCUUUUCUUCUGAUAACUGGUCUGAUACUUACUUAGACGAUGGACAAAGUAGAACAUGGAGUUUGACUUUUACUGGAGCCUUUGCUACUGUCAUCCACAAGUAA